AUGCCUAUCCUGGAGAGAGAGCCGCCGAAAGGCCGAAGGGAAAGCUAUGUCCUGCCCAAGGUGCCUGUCCCACCCCUGAAACAGACUCUGGACAUGUACCUGAGCUGUAUGAAACAUCUGGUGAAGGAGGAACAAUAUCAGAAGACUAAAGCCAUCGUGGUGAAGUUUGGAGAGCCAGGCGGCACUGGAGAGCUGCUGCAGAAGAAACUACUGGAGAGGAGUGACAAGACAUACAACUGGGUUUAUGACUACUGGCUAGAGGAUAUGUAUUUGAAUCAGAGAUUGGCCCUACCAGUCAACUCCAAUCCUGCCAUGGUCUUCCCAAAACAAAACUUUAAAGAUCGCAAAGACUCACUCAGAUUUGCUGCUCACCUCAUCACAGGAGUUCUGGAGUACAAGGAACGUAUUGACACGCGGGUGUUGCCUGUAGACUUUGCUCGGGGCCAGCUGGCAGGGACGCCUCUGUGUAUGAAGCAGUAUUACCGUCUCUUCAACACAUACCGUCUGCCCGGCCACAAGAGGGACACCCUCGUCAUCCACAAGCCUGGGUCGACUGAGCAGGAGCACAUCAUCGUGGCAUGCAAGAACCAGUUCUUUGUGUUGGACCUAGUGGUAAAUAAGAAAAAGCUGAAAGAAAUGGACAUUUUAACCCAGUUGGAGAAGAUAGUGAAGAUGGCGGAGAACUCAGAGGAGAGACAGCCUCCAUUUGGUCUGCUGACGUCUGAUGGAAGAACAGAAUGGGCCCAGGCUAGAGAAGUGCUCAUCAAAGAUUCAGUAAACAGAGAGUCAUUGGCUGUGAUUGAGAAGUGUCUGUGUGUGUUGUGUCUGGAUAACCCCAGUGGGAUGGAGGUUGGGGAUACCAGCCGAGCCCUGCUGAUGCUCCAUGGAGGAGGCCAUGAGAAGAUGGGGGCGAACCGUUGGUAUGACAAGCCAAUGCAGUUUAUUGUAGGGGAGGACGGAGUCUGCGGAACAGUGUGCGAGCACUCACCCUUCGAGGGCAUCGUUCUGGUGGCAUGUACUGAAUACCUGAUGAAAUUUAUGACUGGAAGUCCCUCCAAGAUGGGGAGGGCCACCAGCGUGUCGGAGCUUCCUACUCCUGCCAGACUGCUCUGGAAGACCACACCUCACAUCCAGAGCCUCCUGAAGGCCUCUGCUGAGAGACUGCAGAGGCUGGUUAGAGAUCUGGACAUGGAUGUGCACAAGUUUGAGGUCUAUGGAAAAGAAUUCAUCAAGAAACAGAAGAUGAGCCCAGAUGCAUACAUACAGGUGGCUCUACAACUGGCAUUCUACAGAUGCAAUGGAAGGCUGGUGUCCACUUAUGAAAGUGCAUCUAUCCGUCGUUUCCAUGAGGGCCGGGUGGACAACAUCCGCUCAGCUACCUCCGAGGCUCUGGCCUUUGUGAAGGCCAUGACGGACGAGAAGGCAUCUCUCUCUGAUUCUGAAAAGAUGAAACGAUUGUGGGAUGCAAUUAACGCCCAGACAAAUUACACAAUCACAGCUAUUACAGGGUUGGGAAUAGACAAUCACCUUCUCGGACUCAGAGAGAUCGCACAAGAGCUCAAGAUGGAGAGGCCGCAGAUCUUCACAGAUGAAACCUAUGUGGCCAGUAACCAGUUCAUUCUCUCCACCAGUCAGGUCCCAACCACAGUGGAGAUGUUCUGCUGCUAUGGCCCGGUUGUUCCUAACGGGUACGGGUGCUGCUACAACCCCCAGUCAGACCACCUCCUCUUCAGCGUGACCAGCUUCCACGGUAGCACCGAGACCUGCUCGGCAGUGUUCAUCAAGGCUCUGGACGAGGGCCUCGUAGAGAUGAGGGAUCUGUGCAGGAAGAGUAAUAAGCCUCAGAGCAGCGCUGCUCCUGCUGCCUCGAAGGCGGGUGAGAAUAACCAAGGAGCAGGCAGCAAGCUUCCAAGCAUACUUCAGAAAACAGGGAAGUAA